AGCUGAGUGACAAACAGUGAAACUGAUUAUCGAAUAUUCAAUUAUGGCUGACUGUGACUAUGACAGUGAUCACCAUCAUUCCCAGGACCGAGAGGAGGAAAGGCUUCUUGCAACCCCAUCAAAAAAGAGAAAGAUUAGUUCGAGUUCAAGUUCACAUCGACAGCAGCGGUACAGACAGGACUGGGAAUCUAUACCAGACUUCAAGGCAUGGCUUCGCGGGGUCUCUGACAAUCCAUUUAAGGCUAAAUGUACAGUGUGCAAUGUGGUAAUGGUUGCAGAAUUAACUGUGAUAAAAACCACGCAAAAGUAAAAAACAUAAAUCCUUUUUUGAAACUGCAACUGUCAACCAGCCAUCAGUUUCAUCAUUUUUACAGAAGAAGCAGAGUAAGUCAUCUGAUUCUGUUUCUGUGGCAGAAAUUAAAUUGAGUGCUUUUCUUGUGGAACACAACAUUGCUUUCAAUGUAAUGGAUCAUCUGACAGAUCUUUUGAAAGACAUAUUAUCUGAUCCAAACACUGCAAAAGAACUGCAAUUAAAAAGAACGAAAGCAACAGCAAUUGUAAAAAAUGUUAUUGGUUCUUCUUUUAAGGAAGAGUUAGCACAAAAGUUAAAGGACACAAAGUUCAGUGUACUUUGCGAUGAAUCUACUGAUGUGGGUUCUAUAAAAUCAUCAUGUGUGGUGGUCCGGUUUUAUGAUAAAGAUGCAGGAGCAGUUAAAUGUCAGUUUUGGGAACUGUAUGAUGUUUACGAUGCCAAAAACCCAGAGAACACUAAGGAAGGUGCAACAGGAAAAAACUUGUUUGAAGGACUCAUGAAAACAUUUAAUCAGUAUGAUAUUCCUGCAAAAAAUAUAAUUGGAUUUGGUUCUGAUGGUUGUAAUGUAAUGAUGGGGGCCCAUAACUCUGUUGCAAGUCGCUUUCGAGAACAAUGUCCAGGAAUUUUUGUAAUGAAAUGUGUUUGCCAUUCUGCACAUCUCUGUGCAAGUGAAGCAUGUAAAGCACUUCCCAGAAGAUGUGAAGAUUUGGCAAGAGAAAUUUUUAAUCACUUUAAAUGCAGCAGCAAGAGGCAGAGUGAAUUAGUACAGUUUCAGGAAUUUCUUAACCUGAAACCACAUAAGAUUUUGCACCCCUCCCAGACAAGGUGGUUGUCAUUAGUUGCAGUUGUUGUUCGUCUGUUAGAGCAAUGGGAAGCCCUUAAGAUGUAUUUUACAGAUAUUUGGUUUUCUGAGAAGGUGGUAUCAGCCGAGCUUAUAUUUCAUGAUCUUCACAAUCCCUUCAUUAAAUCCUAUUACCUAUUUCUUGAAUGGAUUUUGCCAAAAUUCACAAAUUUCAAUACAUAUUUUCAGUCUGAUAAAACAGUUAUCACAGUACUGCAUGAGAAGUUAUGCAUACUUUAUAGGGAGCUACUUCUUUCUUUUAUGGAAAGAGAAUACAUCAUGAAAACAGCUCUGGAGUCAGUUGAUCCUUUUAGGCAAGAUAGAUACCUAAGUGAUAGUGAAAUGUAUCUUGGACUGGGAGUACAAAAAGAACUUGAUAAACUAAAUCCUAAUGAACAUAAAUCUCAUUUGAAGGAGUUUUAUAAACGCUGUAGGGACUUUUUAGUUAUAGCAUGUGCGGAGAUCAAUAAAAGGUAUGAUUUUAAGGACACCGUGAUCUCCAAGCUGUGUUGCUUAACUCCGGAAAAUGCAAUAUCUAAUUCUUUUAGAAAGUCAACCCCUUCUUUGUACUCACUCAUUGUGGAACUACCUUUAAUUGUGUCACCACAUGAUUGUUCAGUCAUACAGAAAAUUGACGAUCAAUGGAGAAUAUUACCAGCAUUCAAAGACAUUUUGCAAAUUGAUGAGGUAUUGUCAGUUGAUAAUUUCUGGGUGAAGGUGUUACAGAGUGGGGAUAACUUCUCUGAACUUGCAAAUUUUGCUCUGUGCGCAGUCAGUCUCCCCCACUCGAAUGCUGAAUGCGAGAGAGUGUUUAGUAAAAUCAACCUUUUCAAAACCAAAACAAGAAAUAGUUUAAACACACAAACUGUAAAUGGUGCUUUGUUGGCCUCUGAUUGUAUCAAGAGCCAGGAGUCCUGUGUCAAGUUUACUCCAUCUAAAGACAUGAUUAGACGUUUACAAAACAGUUCACAGCUGUAUGACACAGUAGCAUAAAGUUAAGAACCUUUGCAUUAAUUUUAGUAAAAAAAAAAAUUAUUUUUGGUUUAUUGUGUUGCUAUGUAUGAUGUAGGGUUGAUGUAGGGUUUCAGCUUCAUAUGUUUGUUUGUAAAAUACCACAUUGUUGUUUUUUUUUGUAUAUAAUGAGAACAGAAGUUUUAUUAAUACUAUUUUUCGCCUUAUAAUAAAUGUAUAAAGACUAUACAUGUAUUUAUUUUGGUUUAUUGUGUUGCUAUGUAUGAUGUAGGGUUGAUGUAGGGUUUCAGCUUCAUAUGUUUGUUUGUAAAAUACCACAUUGUUGUUUUUUUUUGUAUAUAAUGAGAACAGAAGAGUUUUAUUAAUACUAUUUUUCGCCUUAUAAUAAAUGUAUAAAGACUAUACAUGUAUUUAUUUUGGUUUAUUGUGUUGCUAUGUAUGAUGUAGGGUUGAUGUAGGGUUUCAGCUUCAUAUGUUUAUUGUUUGUAAAAUACCACAUUUUUUUUUUUUUUUGUAUAUAAUGAGAACAGAAGAGUUUUAUUAAUACUAUUUUUCGCCUUAUAAUAAAUGUAUAAAGACUAUACAUGUAUUUAUUUUGAUACCAAGAAUGUUGUUGAUUACUGUAGAGCAUAAUGUAGUGAUAAAAGAUACGAUAAUUUUCCACAUUCAUACGAUAUAUUUUGCGAUAAUUUUGGUGGAAAAACGAUAAUUUUGAAUCGUCAGUACGAUAAGUUGGUAAAGAAAAUCUGGCAGCCCUGCAGUACGCCUACGCCAGUUACUGUCAGUACCAUGUAGGUGUCAGUCAUGAGCGGUCGGGCGAAUCUCUCUCUCCUGCGGGAUGGAAUAACUUUCCGUAUCUCUCCCCUACAAUCGCGGUCUUAACCUCGGAUUGAGGGGAUAGUUAAGCUUACAUAAAUAAAUAUUGUAUGCCUUUUGCUAAGAAGCUUUCAAUAAGAGAGAUAGUACAACCUUUCAAUGCUGUUUACCGUAGGUAACAUUAUUAAAGGAUUCUAUCGCAGCAGAACAUUAUAUUAUGUAAUGCUCUCAGGCUUACGAAAGCAUAGCUUAUUAGAGUACCUGCUCAGAAGAAGAUGGAUGAGUCGGAUGGGAAACAUUUUC